GCCACAUUCGGUGUUCGACAAAAGAACGGAAGUGAAGGAGAGUACAAAAAUAAAACGUUCUGUCUUGUACAUUGGCCAAGCACUCCCGCCGCUCAAUGGUACAUUACGACUUUCUUGAUAUAUUCGAUUACAAGUAUAGUUAUUUUCUACUGCUAUUAUCAGGUUUUCUGUAAGUUACGGGAAGCAGCGAAGGGUUCUCGACGUCUGCAACGAUCUACCGCAACACGAGCACCUUACCAACGAGUAACACGAAGUGUUCAGCGAGUUGUCCUUUUCCAUCUUCUAUGCUGGGCACCGUUCUGGCUGUUCAAUCUGUUCUCCUCUAUAUUUCGUGUUCGUGUCACAUCACAACUAGAGCGUAUUGUUGUGAACAUCAUUCACCUAUUUCCAUAUGUGAAUUGUGCGCUCAAUCCGUUGCUCUACGCCUACAGGGCCGAGAAUUUUCGGAUAGCGUUCAAAUCAAUGUUUAUCUUCACAUCCAGAGCAACUCGAGGUGUAGGAGUGCCACGACCAUCGGCUACAAGGAGCACAUACUGCUGCAGUAAUUAG